AUGUUCCGCGCUCGGCCAAAACCGCAUUCCGUCCGACUGAAGUCUCGGCCAAAGUCCAAACCACUCGGCCGAUCACACGCACGACCCGGGAAACAUAGCCCGCGGUCGGCCAAGCUUCAAGCUCACGCCAAGCCGCGCACGACCAAGGCGCGAGCCGGGAAACAAAGCCUCGCGGCCGCGCAACCCAUCUCGCGUGCCACGGCCGAUGCAUCCGUCCGAGCCGGGAAAGAACGUCCCACGUCCGGCCAAGUUUCAAUCCGCUCGACCACGCCGGCCGACCGCGAAUCAUCCGCCCCGACCGUUCCGACUCGCCCACGACCGAUGUCCGGCCGAUCGUCCCGCACGACCGUCCCAACGCCGCGGUCGACCCGAAGCCCUUUUGAAGCCCAAACUUAUGUUUUCAAGCCCGGCUUAACCCUAAGCCGCCUCUAG